CUGUUGUGUUUCUCAGGCAGGGAAGAAACAUGAAUUUAAUACUGGAAUCAUUUACCACGAGGAUCAGCCAAGGUAUGGCUUCUAAAAUGAUACCGUGGCUUUAAAACUGGGAACAUCGUUAGAUUUUGAAGUAUUGUUUUUAGGUGGAGGAAACUUCCAGUCGAUUUUGCUUAGGUUCUCCAGUAAGUUGAGGACUUCACCAGGCAGCUAAUAUCACUCACUCCUUUAUUGCUUUUUCAUAAAUCCUGUUUAUUGCUUGCUAGUUAUUUCUACCCAGUGAGGUUCUAGAUAUCUUCCAGGGAUUAACAAGGAAUCGUUUAAGAAGCCUGCUUGUUUGUAAUUGUUGACUUUGGAGUUCAGAAGCCACAUUCCAAAGCCACAGUACACUAUGCCGAGGAAGCACUUUUGUGUAAUUUUUGGUUCUCGGCUCCACAGUGAACUUUUCCCCCAGAUAACAACACUCAUUUUUCUCUUUCCUCCCCUCUCUCCUCGUAACUCCAGAGCAAAGUCUGAAAUGGAUGUUACAUGAAUCACUUUAAGGGCUGUGCUCAACUAUGAACGUUCGGAAGCCGUUUUCUCAGUGAAAAAGACCAAGAUGGAUGAAUCUGCCUUGCUGGACCUUCUGGAGUGCCCCGUGUGUCUAGAACGCCUGGAUGCAUCUGCGAAGGUCUUACCUUGCCAGCAUACGUUUUGCAAACGUUGUUUGCUGGGGAUUGUGGGUUCCCGGAAUGAGCUCAGAUGUCCCGAGUGCAGGACUCUUGUAGGCUCUGGUGUUGACGAGCUCCCCAGUAACAUCUUACUGGUCAGACUUCUGGAUGGCAUCAAGCAGAGGCCUUGGAAACCCGGCCCUGGUGGUGGCGGAGGGACCAACUGUACAAACGCAUUAAGGGCUCAGGGCAGCACUGUGGCUAAUUGUGGCGCAAAAGACCUGCAGAGCUCCCAGUGUGGACAGCAGCCUCGGGUGCAAGCCUGGAGCCCCCCAGUGACGGGUAUACCUCAGUUACCAUGUGCCAAAGCAUUAUAUAACUACGAAGGAAAAGAGCCUGGAGACCUUAAGUUCAGCAAAGGCGACAUCAUCAUCUUGCGCAGACAAGUGGAUGAAAAUUGGUACCAUGGGGAAGUCAAUGGGGUCCACGGCUUUUUCCCCACUAACUUUGUGCAGAUCAUCAAACCUUUACCUCAGCCCCCACCUCAGUGCAAAGCACUUUAUGACUUUGAGGUGAAAGACAAGGAAGCCGACAAAGAUUGCCUUCCCUUUGCAAAGGAUGACGUGCUGACCGUGAUCCGCAGAGUGGAUGAAAACUGGGCUGAGGGAAUGCUGGCAGAUAAAAUAGGAAUAUUUCCAAUUUCCUAUGUCGAGUUUAACUCGGCUGCCAAGCAGCUGAUUGAGUGGGAUAAACCUCCCGUGCCCGGAGCCGAUGCUGCUGCAGAGUGCCCCGCGGCGACAGCGCAGAGCAGCAAUGCCUCAAAGCACUCCGACACCAAGAAGAACACCAGGAAGCGACACUCCUUCACCUCCCUCACCAUGGCCAACAAGUCUUCCCAGGCGUCCCAGAACCGCCAUUCCAUGGAGAUCAGUCCUCCAGUGCUCAUUAGCUCCAGCAACCCCACGGCCGCCGCCCGCAUCAGCGAACUUUCCGGGCUCUCCUGCAGCGCCCCGUCUCAGGUUCAUAUAAGCACCACUGGGUUAAUUGUGACCCCACCUCCUAGCAGCCCAGUGACAACUGGCUCUUCAUUCUCGUUCCCGCCAGAUGUCCCCUACCAAGCUGCCCUUGGAACUAUGAACCCUCCUCUUCCCCCGCCCCCUCUCCUGGCUGCCACUGUCCUCGCCUCCACACCGUCAGGCGCUAGUGCUGCUGCUGUUGCUGCUGCCGCCGCCGCUGCUGCUGCUGGAAUGGGACCCAGGCCUGUGGCAGGAUCCACUGACCAGAUUGCACAUUUACGGCCUCAGACUCGCCCCAGUGUCUAUGUUGCUAUAUACCCAUACACUCCCCGGAAAGAAGACGAACUGGAGUUGAGGAAAGGAGAAAUGUUCUUGGUGUUUGAGCGUUGCCAAGAUGGCUGGUUCAAAGGGACAUCAAUGCACACCAGCAAGAUAGGUGUUUUCCCCGGCAACUAUGUGGCACCUGUCACCAGGGCGGUGCCAAAUGCCUCCCAAGCUAAAGGCCCUGUGUCUACUGUGGGUCAGACAAGUCGAGGGGUGACCAUGGUCAGUCCUUCCGCUGCAGGAGGGCCUGCCCAGAAGCUCCAAGGAAACGGUGUGGCUGGGAAUCCCAGCGUUGUCCCCACGGCUGUGGUGUCAGCAGCUCAUAUCCAGACAAGUCCCCAGGCUAAGGUCCUGCUGCACAUGACCGGCCAGAUGACAGUCAACCAGGCCCGCAAUGCUGUGAGGACAGUUGCAGCACAUAGCCAGGAACGCCCCACGGCAGCAGUGACGCCCAUCCAGGUCCAGAAUGCCGCCUGCCUCGGUCCUGCAUCCGUGGGCCUGCCCCAUCACUCGCUGGCCUCCCAACCCCUGCCUCCACUGGCGGGCCCUGCUGCCCACGUUGCUGCAGUCAGCAUCAGUCGCACCAACGCUCCCCUGGCCUGCUCAGCAGGGGCCUCUCUGGCCUCCCCAAACAUGACCAGCACCACUUUGGAGACUGAGCCCGGUGGUCGACCGGUGACCAUCCUCUCUGGGCUCUCCACGUCUCCUGACAAUGCUGGGUCAGCAUGUGGGAACAGUUCAGCCAUGAAACCAGACAAGGACAGUAAGAAAGAAAAAAAGGGUCUAUUGAAGCUGCUUUCUGGCGCCUCCACCAAACGUAAGCCCCGCGUCUCCCCUCCAGCCUCACCUACCCUGGAUGUGGAGCUGGGAGCAGGGGAAGUGCCGUUGCAGGGAGCUGUGGGUCCUGAGUUGCCUCUAGGGGGCGGCCACGGCAGGGUGGGGUCGUGCCCCAUGGAUGGGGAUGGCCCAGUAGCCACCGUGACAGCUGCCUUAGUGCAGGACGCUUUCCAUCGGAAGACAAGCUCACUGGACUCCGCGGUUCCCAUCGCUCCACCGCCUCGGCAGGCCUGUUCCUCCCUGGGUCCUGUCAUGAAUGAGUCCAGGCCUGUGGUUUGUGAAAGGCACAGGGUGGUGGUUUCCUACCCUCCUCAGAGCGAGGCAGAACUGGAACUCAAAGAAGGAGAUAUUGUGUUUGUUCAUAAGAAACGCGAAGAUGGCUGGUUCAAAGGCACAUUACAAAGAAAUGGGAAGACGGGCCUUUUCCCAGGGAGCUUUGUGGAAAACAUCUGAAGAGACUCAACACGGAGAAAGCUUAAUGCCACGUCGCAUGACUAAAAGAGCACAAAGCUGUUUCAUAGAAAGAGCACAUCUGUGGCUUCGCAGAUCUUCACAAGCUGAGCAGAGGAUGGGCACAUGACUCCAGAGUCCUGGCCUGGGUUCCCCAGCAG